GGGAAAACCGCCGCCGUCGUCUCCACGGGGCCCCCCGCCGAGUCUCGCUUGGGGGCCAUGAACACGCCUCAGGAUUCCAUGAACCUGCGGGUCAAGCGGCGCGGCACAACCGCCUUCGUGCUGUGCUACCCCGAGCAGCCGGUCCUGGAGGUGAAGGAGAAGAUCGGGAAGAUGUUCGACAGAGAAGUGAACACCUUCCGGCUGCUCCACAAGGACCCGUGGCGCGAUCGGCCACGAUCCGCGCGCAGCAGAUAUCGUCGAACGACGUGGUGCACCUGGUGUUCAAGGCGCGGACCAGGGGCGGGACGCACGAGAGAGGAGGAACCCAGACCGCAUGCACCUCGACCACGAGGCCAAGUCCAGGGCGGCGGCGUGAGGCGUCUCGGCGCGCGCGGCGACCCGACCUCCACCGAAGAAAAGGAAACUCAGGCAGUGGCAGGCAGGACAUUUCUCGGAAGGCCCGGGGCCUUCCGAGCCUUCUGAGAAGGCCCGGCCCUUCUCUCUUCCCCCCCUCCGCUCGCCGCCUUCGUGUGAGCCUUUCCCCAUCUCCCUCUAAUUACUGCCUCCUCGUGCGCGGCGCCGAUGGCCAGCCGACGGCCCCCGAAGCGACACCUGCGGCACGGCUGAAACUGCUCCGCGCUGCAGGAAA